CAUUCAAAAGGCACAAAUGUCAACCCUCCAGGGAGCUGUUUUUCCUGUGAAUGCUAUUUUCUUUGUUCAUCUUUUCAAACCAACAUUAAUGCUUGAACAAUUUUAUAAGAUGUUUGUGAAUUGAAAUACAGUUGAGUAAGCUUUCAACUGGUUUGGUGCAAUGAAGAGUGCUCUUUUCAUCAGCUUCUUGUUUUCUUGCUCUCUGCUGCUUUUAGACUCUUCAACUUCACUUCCUCUAUGCACUGAUUCAAGGGCACCCUUUACCGUCAAUACCACACUUGAAUUUUGCCCUUAUAAUGGAAGCACAUGUUGCAACUUCACAGAAGAUGCACAAAUACAGAAGCAAUUCCAACUGAUGAAAGUAUCUGAUCCUGGCUGUGCCUCGCUUUUGAAAUCAAUACUUUGUGCGAGGUGUGACCCUUUUUCAGCUGAGCUAUUUACAGUUCAAUCCACACCUAGAUCAGUUCCCGUACUUUGCAAUUCUGCCAUUUCAGCAAAUUCUUCACAGUCAAAGGUUGAUGUGCAGAACUUUUGCUCUGAAGUGUGGGAUACAUGUCAAACUGUGUCCAUAACAAACUCACCAUUCUCCCCUUCAUUACAAAGCCAAGGAGGAGGAAUACAACUAAACACCAGUGCAACCAAACUAACUGAUUUAUGGCAGUCCAAAACAGAUUUUUGCAAUGCAUUUGGUGGAGGCUCCAACAAUGAAUCACUAUGCUUUGAGGGAGAACCUGUUGCCUUGAAUAACACUGAGACUAGUCCUAUAAGCUCCCCACAUGGUUUGUGCAUUGAGAAAAUUGGAAGUGGAUCUUAUAUCAACAUGGUAGCUCACCCUGAUGGCUCAAACCGUGCAUUCUUCUCUAAUCAAAUGGGUAAAGUUUGGUUGGCAACUAUUCCUGAUAUGGGGUCAGGAGAAAAAUUGAAGCUUGAUGAGUCAAGUCCCUUUGUUGAUCUAACUGAUCAUGUUUAUUUUGAUACUCAAUUUGGAAUGAUGGGCAUGGCAUUUCAUCCGAAUUUCGCAAACAAUGGUCGAUUCUUCGCUUCAUUCAACUGCGAUAAAGAUAAGUGGUCAGGGUGUAAUGGGAGAUGUUCUUGUAAUUCAGAUGUUAACUGUGAUCCUUCAAAGCUAGGUGAUGGUAAUGGUGCUCAACCAUGUCAGUACCAAACUGUUGUUGCAGAAUAUACUGCUAAUGGGACUGCGUCUCAGCCAUCCGCGGUGGAAAGUGCUAAACCAACAGAGGUGAGGAGGAUAUUUACCAUGGGACUCCCAUUUACAUCUCAACAUGGAGGUCAGAUACUCUUUGGACCUGGUGAUGGGUAUUUAUACUUCAUGAUGGGAUAUGGAGGAGGUUCAGGUGAUCCAUUCAAUUUUGCCCAAAACAAGAAAUCAUUGCUUGGAAAGAUCAUGAGGCUUGAUGUAGACAACAUUCCAAGUGCAUCAGAAAUUACCAAACUUGGCCUUUGGGGUAGCUACUCCAUUCCCAAGGAUAAUCCAUUCAGGGAAGAUAAAAAUGUGCAGCCUGAAAUAUGGGCCUUGGGAUUAAGAAAUCCUUGGCGAUGUAGUUUUGAUUCAGAAAGACCUUCCUACUUUUUUUGUGGAGAUGUUGGCCAGGAUCUUUACGAGGAGGUGGAUCUCAUCACUAAAAGUGGAAACUAUGGCUGGCGUGUGUAUGAAGGACCUUAUCUAUCCACUCUUACAGAGUCAUCUGCAGGAAAUACCUCGCUUAAUUCCAUAAAUCCAAUUCCCCCAAUAUUGGGAUACAACCAUUCUGAAGUAAACAAGAAUGAAGGGUCAGCAUCUAUUACUGGGGGAUAUGUCUAUCGAUCUAGGACUGAUCCUUGUAUGUAUGGAAGGUACCUGUAUGCUGAUCUUUAUGCAGGUGCAAUGUGGGCAGCAAUUGAAGACCCUGAAAAUAGUGGAGACUUCAGCACUAGCAGAAUCCCUUUCAGUUGUCCCCAUGAUUCUCCUAUCCAAUGUGGCUCAGUACCUGGAAGCUCCCUUCCAGCUCUGGGAUACAUCUUUUCAUUUGGUGAAGACAACAGCAAGGAUGUUUAUAUUCUUGCAAGCACUGGUGUUUACCGAGUUGUUCCCCCAAGUCGCUGUAACUAUGCUUGUUCACAAGAAAAGGCAACAACUACUCCUUCUUCAUCUCAUGCAAGCCAUUGGAGUAACUUUUAUGGAUAUCUGUUUCUGCAGAUUUCAUCUUUCUUGUUGCUUUUGAUGGGUUUUAUGUAAGCAUGUGCUGAUACACUAUGAUCUUGAAGCAUGAUCAGCUUAUUUUUCCUUAAAAUCAGUUUCUGUACAAAAGCUACUCACAUAAACUUUUCCCUAAAAUUGAUUUUACCUUUAAAAUCAAUUGUAGAUCAAGGUUUCAAAACCAUGCAGUGGUCAAGGCUUUCAAAACCAAAGUGAUAAGUACUUUGAAGUGUUUAAAUUUACAGACCUUAUUGGUGUUGUACUGAACCUUCAUUAUAAUUACAUAUUCUUAGUGCUA